AACAAUUAACGCCGUUUGAAGCCAUUAACGCACUGUUUCCAUUUGCCAGGAUGAGUGAGCGACACGCGCAGGUGGGAAGCAAAGGGCUUUUACUCGUCAUGGCGCUCGCCAUCAGCCUCUGGGACAUGUCUGAGAGCUCGACAGCGGCGCAGCAUGUUCCCACGGGCACCUGCGAAGUGGUCGCCUUGCAUCGCUGCUGCAACAAGAACAAAAUUGAGGAGCGCUCGCAAACCGUCAAGUGCUCCUGUUUUCCGGGGCAAGUGGCCGGCACCACCAGAGCCGCUCCCUCCUGUGUCGACGCCUCCAUAGUGGAGCAGAAGUGGUGGUGUCAGAUGCACCCGUGCCUUGACGGCGAAGAAUGCAAAGUCCUUCCUGAUCUGAAGGGCUGGAGCUGUGCUACAGGGAACAAAAUCAAAACCACAAAGAUUUCCGCGGAUAGGGAUCAACUUUGGUAACAUCACAUUCUUCACCGGGGACUCCACAGGUGACUCAAACGAGAAGAGGCUGAUUGCAAAGAACUUUUCUGUAAAUAAACUGCAGUGAAUCCUCGGCAAACUGAAGGCCUCAUGAACUGUAUUGGCCAUCCAAUCAGAGAAGUGGAUUCCAAUAAGAGGACUUUUUUUUUUUUUUUGGAAAGAAGCCUUAGCAGACGACCGGAUUUGCUCUCAUACCCGUACUGCUUGUAGUGGAUUACAAUGCUGAACUCUGCCUAAAUGUUCAAUUCUCGAAUCUAGCGUUCCUUGACAGGUUUUGUUUCAUCGGCCGGACGACGGCGAGCACCGUUGCUGACCAAACAAAGUAGCGUGAUGAAAAAGACGUACCGUAGCCCGAGUAGCAGAUAUUCAGGAGGACUUUCAAACAAGUACACAACCACACUGACGAGUCUCUACCUGAAAUGUUUGAUGUCGUCUUGCGACAUGCUUCCAUUCUACAUUUGAAAAUAACUUAGAAAUUUAAAAAAAAUUGCACAUCUGUGCAGUAAUAGCUGCAUCUGCUAUCUUUACCAGCAGCCCGCAGCAGCGAGCAGAAAGUAGUUUUUUUGUCCUAUGUCUUUGGAAAAAUCAAAUUUCUGGCAGCUUCUGCGAUUUUUCCACCCUGAAUGAACUUGGGGUUCAAGUCAAAUUAUUGAGACAUUUAAAAAAAAAAAAAAAAAUGAAAGAAAAAAUCCAUUGAGUGGUUCAGAACAUUCAUAUGACUGUUUUUCAACCCAAAUACGACAUUGUCUGAGUAAGUGAUGACAUCAGUAAUAAACUGUGGUUGUGUCAUUAA